GUUUGACAUUCCCCAUGUUUGCUCCUUACCUGCGUCACACGACCCCCUGGCUUCCGCAGGACAAUGAUUGGGAAUUAUGCUAAUGGGUUGGUCUUUGGUAGGACACGUUCGAGGAUGCCAAUGACACUGCAGAGGCGGAUGCUCCAACACCGACCAUGGAGAGGACAAGAUCGUUGACCAAACAGCGAUCUCCCUCGAGCUCACAAGAUGCCGCAGAAGUGCCAGCUCUGCCACCAAGAGAAACAAAUGGUGAUCAGAAGCACGGGGAAGACGAUACCAGACAACCGAAUUCACCACUCCUCACAUCACAUCGUCCCUCGACCUCGUCUCUGGAUAAUGGCGAAUUAGAUAACGUCAGCCUAGAUGAGGACACAAAUGCCGAGAAGUCCCCAUCACCAACUUCUGCUGGUCCGAAAUCACCACCACCGCUCCCACCAAAGAAGUCACCGCUACAAGGCCUCUCAGGCAAACUACCCUCAGUACCAUGGGCACCUCCUCCACCGCCCCACACGCCGGCUCCCGCUGCUCUUCCAGUCCCUGCUCCAGCACCCACAAGAAAGCUGACGAGUCCUUUCUCCUGGCUUUCCCGUAAUAGUUCACAGCCAAAAGAAACUAUUGUCUCACCUCCUAUACCAUCUCCAGGUGAGCGGAGAAAUACAGCGUCUUCGAUAGCUACGGUUGGAAGCAAUCCUGAGAUGAUGAUGAGCAAGUUGGAAGAAGGACACGAGUCUGAGGGACCCAAUGGAAAAGGCCGGCCAGCUCGAAACAGUCUAAGGGACAGAUUUAAGCUUCUACGAAUGCGAGAAGAAGCUGGUAUUACAGAGCUACCCGAAGACGACAAGGCAGUUGGUGGUUUAGCGGGAUUGAUGGCAAGGACGCCAACUUUUGGAAUGAGUUUGGGAAGUCCUACAGCCGAGGAUACAGCACAUCCACCUAUGUCUCCUGGUCCUUCAAGUCCGAAUCCUGCAUUGGCUCCUGGAAGAGCUGCUGGUGUAUCUGCAGGUCCAUCAGCAAUGACUGAUCCAUCAGCUCCUGUUGAUUGGGAUCUCUGGCAAGCAGUGGUGGAUGAAGGCCCCGCCGCAGUUGCUAGAACCAGCCCAGAAGAGUUAAAUCGAGCUAUCACUACCGGAAUUCCACAUGCUAUUCGAGGUGUCGUUUGGCAGAUAUUGGCUCAGAGUCAGAAUGAAGGGCUCGAGGGAAUGUAUAGGGAUCUUGUCAACCGUGGAACCGACAAAGACAAGGAUAGGAUGAGUGGAUCGAGUGGUGCUCAUAGUACGCACUCUGUCAACGGAAAAGAAGAGACAGUGGCCUCAUCUGCCUCAUCGAUCCAUUCUGAUCAUUCCAGCCCUGCAAAUACUUUGAUGAAUGGCUUGAGAUCUCCUUCGCCGCCAAAGGAUCCAGAUAUGAUAGCCAAAGCACAAGCUGAGAAGAAGAAAAAGGCCAAAGAGGACGCAGCUUCUUUGCAGAAACUUGAGAAGGCUAUUAGGCGGGAUCUGGGAGCUCGAACUAGUUUCUCCAAGUUUGCUGCUAGUGCUGGCUUGCAAGAGGGGCUCUUCGGUGUUUGCAAAGCGUAUGCUCUGUUCGAUGAUGGAGUUGGGUAUGCCCAAGGAAUGAACUUCUUGGUCAUGCCUCUACUCUUCAAUAUGCCAGAAGAAGAAGCCUUCUGUUUGUUGGUACGAAUGAUGAACCAUUACAACCUACGGGACCUCUUCACUCAGGAUAUGCCAGGGCUGCACAUGCACCUAUACCAGUUCGAACGAUUAUUGGAAGAUUUUGAGCCAGCUUUGUAUUGUCAUCUGCAUCGAAAAGGGGUAACACCUCACCUCUAUGCAACGCAGUGGUUUUUGACCCUGUUCGCCUAUCGAUUCCCACUUCAACUUGUUCUACGGAUCUAUGACUUAAUCCUCAGUGAAGGCCUAUCAGCCAUUAUCAAAUUUGGUAUUGUUCUUAUGCAGAAGAAUGCCCAAACCCUCCUCGGAAUGACGGACAUGGGAGCAUUGACAAACUUCUUGAAGGAUCGAUUGUUCGACGUUUAUAUUGAUCAAGCUCCGUCAGCUGGAUCUAUUCUCGAGUCAGGAUUUUUUGGUAGCUCAGGUGCAAGUAUCGACAAGGAGAUUUACCGGGCGGAUCAGCUCGUCCAGGAUGCGUGUGCUGUAAAGAUUACCCCGGAAAUCCUCAAGGCAUACACUGCAGAGUGGCAAGAGAAAGCACAGAUGGAGAAGGAGCGUCAAGCUGAGCUCGAAUUGUUGAAAGCUACGAAUCAUUCCUUGGCGUUCAAGGUUCGUCGAUUGGAAGAACGUGUUCAAGAGCAUGACACCGAGCACGCCGCACUUGCUACAGAUCUUGUCAAAACCAAAGUCGAGAAUGAGGAACUGAAAGAUGAGAACGAAUCCCUCAAGGGUCAAGUUCAAGAGUUAAGAUCGGUCAUUGAGAAGCAACCCGAGGAAGUCGAAGCACGAUUAAAGAGCGAAAUGGACCGCUUAAUGAAGCGGAACCAAGAAGUCCAUGAAGAGAACAGCAAGCUAGAAGAAGAGAUGAGCGAAAUGGAGAAGACCUUGGUGGAAACAAAGAUGCAGCUCGCAGAGGAGAGUUCUCAGCACGAAGCCUUACAGCGAAAAUGGACCGACCUCCGCAAAGCUGUCAGCAGCGACUAAUUCCUUCAUCACGACAUGUACAGCUCUUGUUCACUUCUACCUCUUGUCUUCCUUUUACAACCAACGACUCGAUUUGGGCUUAGCGAUGCAUGCAUACUUACGAACGAAAAACAAACCCUGUGAUAUCCCCCUUUCCUUUCUGACCCUAGCGCGUAAUGUAUGUUAUGAUUGUGUAUGGAUGGUUGAUGAGAGCCUUGGGCAUGCAUUUGUAUAUAGUGCGGUACUUUGGAGAGAGCAUGGAUGGGAAUGGAAUGAAAAGCGAAGCCUAUGCAAUGCUGUUUGCUUGUCGAGCAUGGAUC